AUGAAGGGACCAGAGAUAAAGAUUCUUCUCAAGGCACAGAGAGAUCCAAAUUAUCAGUUUCUUCAACCAAUGGAAAUUCCCUCCGCCGUGGAGAAAUCGAAACGACUCCAACUUCAUCUGCCUUAUCUCCGAUGGGGUCAGCAUAGAUUCAUCAGGUGCGUGAAGCUACCUGUUUUCCUCACCUUUAUUUCUUCGUCUCCUUCUCCCUAUUGA